AUGCCUAGACGAUGCUGCUGUAUCUUUCCACUACGAGGAGGUGCCGUUAUCCUUAGUAUCCUCAUUGCUGCUGUCUCCGCCCUCUUGGUAGCCCUUACAUUUGCACACAUGAAUCCCAUGGUCAUGCAUCUAUCCGUUAUCCAUGCUGUGCUGCCGUGGGUAGCGGUUAUUAUAUACAUUGCAACUGCAGUGAUCGGCAUAUAUGGCAUCCUUGCCAGUGCAGCGGGCAAACUUGCAUUGAUGCGACUCUACAAGCUUCUCUUUUGGGUGUGUCUCGUAUUCAUCUUGACCAUUUGGGAUGCUAUUACCUUUAUCCUUGCCCUUGUCAAUCGAUCCAAAAGCCAAGAUGCAUGUGAUGAGGCCAACCCAGAUCAGGGUGAAGGUGGCGGUGGUGAUCAAUCUGUUUCAGUUGCUGGAUACAAAACGACGUUCCUGGGUAUGCAAUUAGGAAGCACUUAUGGCUUGGCCAAUUGUGCACAGGCGGUGCAAGCAGGUGUUAUUGGUUUAGCCAUUCUUCUCUUUGUUGGACAAAUUGCCAUGUUUUACUUUGCCACCGUCGUUGGAUCCUAUACCAAGAAACUCAAAGAACGUACUUAUGGUCAUCGGAUCAAUGAUGAUGAUUGGAAUGACAACUUGGAAGGACUUGGUGCAGCUUAUCGUGCUGAUGCUCAGAAUGCCCAACGCUAUCGGAUGAGUCAACUCAACAGAGAUAAGGGCUCUUCAGGCAACAAAUUCACAAAUGGAUUGAAAAAGUUUAAAUUUGGAAAAUAA